AGAGAGUCUUCCGGAAGGGGGCGUGCUCGCGGGGAAAGCUGGGAAACUCUCGUCCUCCGCCACCAUCUUGCUUUCCUUUAAUACGGUGGUGACCGCGGGUCGGAGCAAUCUGUAACCAUGAAGCUGCUAACCAGAGCCGGAUCCUUUUCGAGAUUUUAUUCCCUCAAAGUUGCCCCCAAAGUUAAAGCCACAGCUGCCCCUGCAGGAGCACCUCCACAUCCUCAGGACCUUGAGUUCACCAAAUUACCGAAUGGUUUAGUGAUUGCUUCCUUGGAAAACUAUGCUCCCGUAUCAAAGAUUGGUUUGUUCAUUAAAGCAGGCAGUAGACAUGAGGACUCUAACAAUUUAGGAACUUCUCAUUUGCUGCGUCUUGCAUCCACCUUGACUACAAAAGGAGCUUCGUCUUUCAAGAUAACUCGUGGAAUUGAAGCAGCUGGUGGUAAAUUAAGUGUGACUGCCACAAGGGAGAACAUGGCUUACACUGUGGAAUGCCUGAGGGGUGAUGUUGAUAUUCUAAUGGAGUUCCUGCUCAAUGUCACCACAGCACCAGAAUUUCGUCGUUGGGAAGUAGCCGACCUUCAGUCUCAACUAAGGGUUGACAAAGCAAUGGCUUUUCAGAAUCCACAGGCUCAAGUCAUUGAAAAUUUGCAUGCUGCGGCUUACCGGAAUGCCUUGGCUAAUUCUUUGUAUUGUCCUGACUAUAGGAUUGGAAAAGUGACAUCAGAAGAGUUACAUUACUAUGUUCAGAAUCAUUUUACAAGUGCAAGAAUGGCUUUGGUUGGACUUGGCGUGAGUCAUCCUGUUCUUAAGCAAAUUGCUGAACAGUUUCUCAACAUGAGGGGAGGGCUUGGUUUAACUGGUGCUAAGGCCAGAUACCGCGGAGGUGAAAUUCGAGAACAAAAUGGAAACAGUCUUGUCCACACUGCUCUUGUAGCAGAAAGUGCUGCCACAGGAAGUGCAGAAGCAAAUGCAUUUAGUCUUCUUCAGCAUGUGCUUGGUGCUGGACCACAUGUCAAGAGGGGCAGCAAUGCUACCAGCCUUCUAUACCAGGCUGUUGCCAAGGGAGUUCACCAGCCAUUUGAUGUUUCUGCUUUUAAUGCUAGUUACUCAGAUUCUGGACUUUUCGGGAUUUACACUAUCUCACAGGCUGCAGCUGCUGGAGAUGUUAUCAAGGCUGCCUAUAACCAGAUAAAAUCAAUUGCUCAAGGAAGCCUUUCCAAUGCAGAUGUCCAAGCUGCCAGAAACAAGUUGAAAGCUGGAUACCUAAUGUCUGUGGAGUCUUCUGAGGGUUUCCUGGAUGAAGUUGGAUCCCAGGCGCUAGUUGCUGGUUCUUAUGUACCACCAUCCACAGUUCUUCAGGAGAUUGAUUCAGUGGCUUAUGAUGAUGUCAUAAAUGCUGCAAAGAAGUUUGUUUCUGGCCGGAAGUCAAUGGCAGCAAGUGGAAAUUUGGGACAUACACCUUUUGUUGAUGAGUUGUAAUACUGAAGCACAUAUUACAGGAGAGAGCUGAAAGCCUACUAUAUUUACCUUUUUUUCCAAUAAGGUAAAAUACUUUAAAGUAUAAAUUAUUUCCAGCUGGCCGAAAGUCAAUAAAGCAUUCUGCUUAAAUGUUGCCUUGCA